GGAAAGUAAAACUUUUAGCGCCACUUUUUAUUAGACUCUUAUCUUUAGCUCCCCCUCAUUCUCGAACGUGGUGAACUUCUUUCUCCAGUUUUUUUUCCAACAAACAACCCAGACGUUACAGAGCCACGGAGUAUUAUUAAACCGCUCCAACAACAGAGGCAAUCACGAAGUUCAGGGCGCUCUUACCUUUCUGGUUAUCCUCCUCACAAGCUAUAAGGUAAAAUAGUUAUUAUUUCAUAAUGAGCACUACAAACCGGACUUGGAUGUAUCAAAGAAGAACAGAGUGUGGCCAUAUUAACCCCAUAUUUGUGAAUGGAUUGAAUACUUUCAUUGACUUUGCAACCAGUAAGCCAGAUUUCAUGGCUGGAAAUAAAAUCAAGUGCCCGUGUACCAAGUGCCACAAUACUGAUUUUCAAGAUGUUGAAUCAGCAAAGUAUCACUUGUGUAAAUAUGGUUUUGUCCCAGACUAUUAUGUAUGGAAUAGACAAGGAGAAAAAUCAAGUGGUAGCACUUCUAUGGGGGGCAACACCAAUGUUGGUUUCAACGAAGAUCAUGAGUGCUCGAAUACGUAUAGAGAAAUGAUAUUAGAUGCCGCAGGGGCGGAUUUUAGAGAUAGAUGUAUGGAUGAAGAGCCAAAUCAAGAUGAUAAAAAAUUCUUUGAUUUGUUAAAGGCAGCUGACACACAAUUGUGGCCCGGUUGUGAAGAUUUGACACAACUUUCAGCGUUAGCUCAACUGUUAAAUAUCAAGGCAGAGUAUCGCUUACCUGAGCAGUGUUUUGACUCUAUUUGCCAAUUGUUUAAAAAAGGAUUACCGAGAGUCGAGAGAUAAUAAUAUGGUCGAUAGCUUUUACAAUACUAAGAAACUAAUGCGCACACUUGGGUUACCGGUGGAGAAAAUCGAUUGUUGUAUGCAUGGUUGUAUGCUAUAUUGGGGUGAUGAUAAGGAGUUGCUCCGAUGCAAAUUUUGUACUACUCUGAGAUAUAAACCAUCAAAUAGUUCUUCAUCUAAGAAAACCCUCGUGCCUUACAAAAAAAUGCACUACUUGCCACUAACUUCGAGGUUAAAGAGGCUUUAUGCCUCGCAAACAACCGCUGCGGCUAUGAGAUGGCAUGAUGAUGAUCAUGGUCAUGAUGAUGGAGUUAUGUGUCACCCUUCUGAUUCGGAAGCCUGGAAGCAUUUUAAUUUCUGCCACCCAUCAUUUGCGGCUGAAAGUCGUAAUGUUCGAUUAGGUUUAUAUACAGAUGGAUUUCAACCCUUUGGCCAAUCUGGGCAACAAUAUUCUUGUUGGCCUAUCAUCAUUACGCCAUAUAAUUUGCCACCUUCUAUGUGCUUAAAAGAACCAUACAUGUUUCUGACUGCAAUUAUCCCUGGACCAAAUAACCCCAAGAACAAAUUAGAUGUUUUCUUACAACCUAUUGUUGCAGAGUUGAAACAGUUAUGGGGAGAAGGAGUUCUAACUUAAGAUGUAUCAUUGAAACAAAAUUUCAAAAUGAGAGCUGCUUUGAUGUGGACAAUUAGUGAUUUCCCUGCCUAUGCUAUGCUAUCUGGCUGGGGAACGACAAGUGCUAGUAAAACUGCAUGCCCGUACUGUAGGGAACAGUCACAAGCAUUUAGACUUCCAAAUGGUGGAAAGAUUUCUUGGUUUGACAAUCACAGAAAGUUCCUUCCACAAAAUCACCCAUUUCGUAGAAACAAAAGUAAGUUCAUCAAGAACCGUGUAGAGAUGAGACUUCCUCCACCAGUUAAGAGUGGCUCUGAAAUUUUAAAGGAAAUUGAAGAAUAUGGGUUACUAAAAGUCACAGAGAGUGAUGCGGAUGAUGUUAAUAAGGCAUGUUCCAAAGUUUGUGGAUGGAGAAAACGUAGUAUAUUUUGGGACUUGCCCUACUGGAAAACAUAUCUCAUUCGGCAUAAUCUCGAUGUGAUGCACAUUGAAAAAAAUGUCUUUGAGAAUUUGUUCAACACUAUAAUGAACAUUGAACAAAAGACGAAAGAUAAUGGAAAAGCUAGAGAAGAUGUGAAAUUAUUUUGCAAUCGGAAGGAGUUAGAGAAAAACCCCAUCACAGGUAAGUAUCCAAAGGCAUGCUAUUCAUUAGAUAAGGAUAGCAAACAAGUGAUAUGUGAUUGGGUGAAGGGUGUAAAAUUUCCAGAUGGUUAUGUAUCAAAUCUUGGAAGGUGUGUAGAUCUGAGCAAAUAUAAAUUGUUUGGAAUGAAAAGUCAUGAUUGCCAUAUCUUUAUGCAAAGGUUGAUACCAAUUGCAUUCCGAGAGUUGCUGCCUAAUAAUGUUUGGGAAGCAAUUACUGAGUUGAGUCUUUUUUUCAAAAGCUUAACUACAACGGUUAUCAAGUGUGAAGACAUGAAAAAACUGGAAGAAGAUAUUCCAGUUAUUAUUUGUAAACUAGAAAGCAUAUUUGUUCCAGGAUUUUUUGACUCAAUGGAGCAUUUGCCUAUACAUUUGCCGUAUGAAGCGAAAAAAGCUGGCCCUACACAGUACUGAUGGAUGUAUAGAUUUGAGAGAAAAGAUGCUAAACUUAUCAAUGAGGGGAGGCAAGGCUCAAACACAAUGCUAUUCACGUGGAGGGCGUACAGGAGCAAGACUUUUGAUGGCAACCACAUCUCAAACUCCCAAUGCACCUCAAUCCCAUGAACUGCAUACAACACCUCAAACAACAGGACCUUCAUCUACACAACCUGUGGUUCCUCCAGUAGCCUCUACACCUACACAAACACCUCGAGUAGUGACUUGUGCACCCAUAACACAAAAUACAAGUGAAUCAGAAGUACGAAAUGAGUCGGUGGCAUCCCAAAAUAUUACAUUUGGUGGCAAGGGUCCAAAUGGACGCACUUGGAUUGGUGUGCAAGAUAACCA